UUUUUUUGUUUUAUUUUGAUUCUAGCAUUGACCUGCAUGUAUUCCGCCAGCAUGGAUUUUAUGGCCCUCUUGCUUCCCUGCAUGUCAAUGUUUUUUGUUUGGACAAGCUUGUAUUGCUUAUUAUGUUUUGUUAACCCUCAUCGAAGUUAUGAAUGGAACUGCCGACUAGUCACUAUAAUACAUGCAUCAUUGACUACAAUAUUGUCUUUCUGGUGUGGGUUUAUCACAGGACCUUGGCCAUUGGUGUUUAUGGGAGAAGCAAAUACUCCUUUUCAAACAUUCAUUGCUACAUUUACUCUUGGAUACUUCAUUUUUGAUUUUCUCUGGUGUUUGUACAUGAGAACAGAAGGAUUGGACAUGUUGUUUCACCAUAUGAUAUCAGUGAGUGGUAUAGCGUUUAUCCUUUUCAACGAGUAUUCAGGACCAGAGCUUGUUGCGACAAUACUUGGAACAGAAAUUUCUAACCCUUUCUUACAACUGAGAUGGUUUUUACGAGAAACAGGACAGUAUGAAACAUUGCUUGCGAAAGUAAAUGAUAUUAUCUUUAUGACAGUUUUCAUUUGUUGGCGUCUGGGACCUGGAUCUUUGUUAUGGUAUCGGACGGUCAUUGUGUCUCCUAAACCAAAACUUUUUGUCAAGCUUGGCGGUACAGGUUUGUAUUUAAUAGGCUGGAUAUGGGCAUUUUUUAUAGUUAGAUUUGCAAGAAAGAGAUUCUUUGGAAAAAAGAAAAGGAAAUAG